GGCCUGGGCCGCCCGCGGCUCUUCGUCUCUCCCGCGUCUGCCUGUGUCUGUGUGUCAGCGCCGCUGCCUCCCGCGGGCCUCGCUUGUGCUCAUGUCCGUGUCUGUUUCGGCGUUUUUGCAAAGCAUUUGUCUCCGUGUGUCUGUUCCGGUCUCGUUCUGCUUUUCUGUCACGUUUCGGCGUCUGAGGGUCAGGAUUAAUGUUGGUGUCUCCGUUCGCCAGGUGUCUCUAAUCUCUGUGCAUCUCUCCCCGCCGUCUUCCCAUCUCAUUUUUGUCCUGGUACCCGUGUCCUCCAAGCCCGAGUCCCUCUCUGCGGGUCUGUCGCUUGGUCUAGGGUCUGCCCCUUCCCCCAGGUUCUUGAGUUAGUUUUGGUGGAGAACUCGGCUCUGGAAUCAGAGGUCCACUUUUUGCGAGCUUGUAAGAUUUGUCAGGUGAUUUAUCACCAAACCUUAGUUUCCUAGUCUUUAAAAUUAGUGUGUUUAUGUUUCCUGCGUAAUAGGGCAGCUUUGCCUAAUAACGGAGGUGAUGCUUUUAAGUGCCUAACCCUGGCGCGUAGUAAGUGUGUAGUUAACUGCUGGCAGCUCUGGUUUCCAUUAUUAUUUGUAGAUUUUUUUGUUCCACACAGAUGACGUUUGAUAUCGUUUGAUAUCUGACUACCCUUUGGAGAAUUUUGCCGUAUGAUUUAUCUUUUAUUCGAUCUAGUAAUUCUCUUUGGGCUAAGCAAUUUUGAAAAACGUAGUCUUGUUUUAAGCAGUAUCUGUGAAGUUUUAGUUUUGCUGUGAAGAUUGAAUGUAUCUUCUAAUGCCCGUUAAUAUAAAUACACGGUGUUAAGAUAACACAUUUUCUGAUGGCCACCCUUUUGGAAAUAGUUCUGUUUUUUCUCUGACAAUAAUAGUAGCCAACGUUAUUGAACUACUACCCACGGGGCGCAGUGCCAAGAACUUUAUGUAUCUAUUGUAUUUAAUCAACAGUUCUGCCGGGUGGAAUCUUUUCCUUCAUUUCAGAGUUGAGCAAACUGAAUCUCAGGGAGGCCAGAAUUUGGACCCAGAUUUCGUGUUCUUCUCCAUUUUUCUUGUCUCUUAUUUCCCUGUCCCAGGUUACUGCCUCUUUGCGUUUCAGGGUCUCCGUCUUUUCUCGUUGCCCGCCUGCCUCAUUCUCUUCCCAUGUUUAUCUGUUUCUCGUGUCUUUGUCUGCCCAGCUUUCUCUGUGCCUCUUUUUCUUCUCUCUCUUUCCCUUUCCUUUCAGUCUCCUACUGUUAGCUGUCAGAUCAGCUCUUCGUCUUAGUGUGUCUGGCUGAGUCCGUCUUGGCACCCUGGCCAUCCCUUUUCAGCUGUUCACAUCUGUCUCCCAAGUGCCUGCUUUCCUGUGUUCAAGACAGGGGCCAGCUGCCUCCCCUGGGACUCAGGUUGUAGGAGAUCCCCGUAGGUCUCUGCCUGUGGCUAGCAUGCGGGAAAGGUUGUGGACGGUGUGGUCAGAACCUGCUCUGCAACCGGGCUGCUCCGGAGAUGCGGUGACCUGCCAGUCCCUGCCGCGGCCUCCCUCCGCCCCGUCUCUGCACGCCCCGGGGGGCCUGCCCCCCUCCCCACCGCCAGCCACCAUGUCGACCUCCUCACUGCGGCGCCAGAUGAAGAACAUCGUCCACAACUACUCGGAGGCCGAGAUCAAGGUUCGGGAGGCCACGAGCAACGACCCCUGGGGCCCGUCCAGCUCCCUCAUGUCUGAGAUUGCUGACCUCACCUACAACGUCGUCGCCUUCUCGGAGAUCAUGAGCAUGAUCUGGAAGCGGCUCAACGACCACGGCAAGAACUGGCGGCAUGUCUACAAGGCCAUGACGCUGAUGGAGUACCUCAUCAAGACGGGCUCGGAGCGCGUGUCGCAGCAGUGCAAGGAGAACAUGUACGCCGUGCAGACGCUGAAGGACUUCCAGUACGUGGACCGUGACGGCAAGGACCAGGGUGUGAACGUGCGCGAGAAGGCCAAGCAGCUGGUGGCCCUGCUGCGCGACGAGGACCGGCUGCGGGAGGAGCGUGCCCACGCGCUCAAGACCAAGGAGAAGCUGGCGCAGACCGCCACGGCCUCCUCCGCAGCCGUGGGCUCGGGGCCCCCACCCGAGGCAGAGCAGGCCUGGCCGCAGAGCAGCGGGGAGGAGGAGCUGCAGCUCCAGCUGGCCCUGGCCAUGAGCAAGGAGGAGGCCGACCAGCCCCCGUCCUGCGGCCCCGAGGAUGACGUCCAGCUCCAGCUAGCCCUUAGUUUGAGCCGUGAGGAGCACGAUAAGGAGGAGCGGAUCCGCCGUGGGGAUGACUUGCGGCUGCAGAUGGCCAUCGAGGAGAGCAAGAGGGAGACCGUGGGCCAGGAGGAGUCGUCCCUCAUGGAUCUUGCUGACGUCUUCACGGCUCCGGCUGCUCCGCAGGCCGCGGAUCCCUGGGGGGGCCCAGCGCCCAUGGCUGCUGCCCUCCCCACGGCGGCCCCCACCUCGGACCCUUGGGGGGGACCCCCUGUGCCUCCCGCUGCUGAUCCCUGGGGUGGUCCGGCUCCUACACCGGCCUCCGGGGACCCCUGGAGGCCUGCUGCCCCCGCGGGGCCCCCGGUUGACCCUUGGGGUGGGACCGCGGCCCCUGUGGCUGGAGAAGGACCUACCCCCGACCCGUGGGGGAGCUCAGAUGGCGGGGCCCCAGUCGGCGGACCCCCAGGCUCCGAUCCCUGGGCCCCGGCCCCGGCCUUCUCAGACCCCUGGGGGGGGUCCCGUACCAAGCCCAGCGCCAAUGGCACCGCAGCGGUCGGGGGGUUUGACACGGAGCCCGACGAGUUCUCCGACUUCGAGCAACUGCGCACAGCCCUGCCAGCCUCUGGGAGCAGCACGGGGGAGCUGGAGCUGCUCGCCGGAGAGGUGCCCGCUCGUAGUCCCGGUGCCUUCGACAUGAGUGGGGUUGGGGGCUCUCUGGCCGAAGCUGUGGGGAGCCCCCCGCCUGCAGCCACCCCGACACCCACGCCGCCCACGCGGAAGACCCCUGAGUCGUUCCUGGGGCCCAAUGCCGCCCUGGUAGACCUGGACUCGCUGGUGAGCCGGCCAGGCCCCACGCCGCCAGGAGCCAAGGCCUCCAACCCCUUCCUGCCGAGUGGAGGCCCGGCCACCGGCCCCUCCAUCACCAACCCCUUCCAGCCCGCGCCCCCCGCGACACUCACCCUGAACCAGCUCCGGCUCAGCCCCGUGCCCCCGGUCGCUGGAGCGCCGCCGACGUACAUCUCUCCCCUUGGCGGGGGCCCUGGCCUGCCCCCCAUGAUGCCCCAGGGACCCCCAGCCCCCAACACUAAUCCCUUCCUCCUAUAAUCCAGGGCGGGAGGGGGCUUCCCCCAUUCCUGCUCCCUGGGCGACCAGUGUUGUGAGUGCAUGUGAAGUGGGGGACCCCUGCCCCCACCCCAGCGUCCUUCCCCCUCCUGGGGCCCACUCACACUACACCAUCUCCCCCCAUCCCCGACCCUGCCUCCCCGGAGAGAAACUGGACCUGGGGAUGGGGAGGGGUGCGGCCGGAGGGGGACCCCUGCCCACGGCAUUAGAAGGGGGAGGGACAGCGGGGGGGGGUGUCCCCCCACCCAUCUCCCUCCCUCCCAACUCCUGACUGGCCCCUCAAUCAGUGUUUGAGCCUCUUCGUCCCCUCAUGCACCCCUCGGUGAAUCCUUGGUGAUGAUUUUGGCAACUUCGGGAAUAAAUGGCAAUUCUUAUGGGCAUGGUGCCCCCAAGUUCCCAUU